AUACAAAAAAAAGUCAACAACAGAAUAGAGUACUUUACCUACGUUUUUAUUGAAUAAUUUUAAUUUUUUUGCACAUUUGUGCUUUUCAUUCACGAAGUGACAAAAGUGAAAUGGCUUCUGAAAAAGAUCCGUUAGUUAGUGAAAGAUCUGGCACUGUGCGGGAAGUCGGAAAUCAUGCUAUUUGGAGUUUAUCUUCUUGUAAACCAGGAUUUGGUAUUGAUCAGCUAAGGGAUGAUUGUAUGGACACUUACUGGCAGUCUGAUGGACAAUUGCCACAUCUAGUUAAUAUCCAAUUUCAAAGGAAAACCAUGGUUUCACAUAUUUAUAUUUAUACAGAUUAUAAACUGGAUGAAAGUUACACUCCAAGUAGAAUAUCUAUUCGUGCAGGAACCCAUUUUAAUGACCUUCAAGAAAUAGAAGUAAUAGAAUUAAUAGAACCAAGUGGUUGGGAAAUGAUACCAAUCAAAGACAUACAUGAUAGACCCAUUAGAACCUACAUGAUACAGAUAGCAGUUUUAAGCAAUCAUCAAAAUGGAAGAGAUACGCAUAUGAGACAAAUCAAAGUCCAUUCACCUUGUGAACCCACUUCAUUCGACAUAAAUAAGUUUAGGAAUUUCUCUACUGUGCAGUUUCAACAAUAUGCUACUAUUCGUUAAUUUUGUAUAGUGAUUACCAUAAUGAAAUCAAUAUCAAUAAUUAAAUUAUUUAUUAAAAUGUGUUAAAAAUUU